GAAAAGCCCCCUCUUUUCCCUUCUGUCUCUCUCGCUCUCGCUCUCGCUCUGGCGCUCGCGCUUUUUCUUGCAGCCGAAUCUGCGGUUUUGUUGGAAACUCUUUCCUUUUAAAUUCACUUCAAAUUCGAUAACUUUGAAACUUGUUCGUAUUUGAUGAUGGGUCGUCCGAAUUGAAUAUUCUCCUCCGCACACGAGAAUUGAAAUUCAAUUUCUGGGGAUUCAACCGGUCUCCGGUCUACUUUAGGGUUUUUCUUCUUUCUUCUGCAGAUCCAAUUCAAAGAUGAGCGUUGCGAAAUCUCAGGUGUGGCAGCCAUGCAAGAAGAAGCGAUCCUGAGAAAGAUCUCUAUAUCUACAGCAUCAGACGAACCAAUCUACAAAGAGGUAAUAGGCAGAGAGAGAGAGACGAUGGCUUCUCGAACAACAACGUCUUCGCGGUCAACUCCUUCUAGAUCGACACCUUCUGGGUCUUCUUCUUCAGGAGGGACGCGAGUGGGUAAGUACGAGCUCGGGAAAACUCUAGGGGAAGGAACCUUCGCUAAGGUCAAGUUCGCUAGGAACGUUGACAACGGUGAGAGCUUUGCCAUUAAAGUCAUUGAUAAAGAGAAAGUCUCCAAAACCAAAAUGAUCUCUCAGAUCAAGCGUGAGAUUUCGACAAUGAAACUAAUCAAGCAUCCCAAUGUCAUCCGUAUGUAUGAGGUGAUGGCUAGCAAAACUAAGAUCUACUUUGUUUUGGAGUUCGUCACUGGUGGAGAGCUUUUCGAUAAAAUUUCAAGUAAUGGGAGGUUGAAGGAAGAUGAGGCCAGGAAAUACUUUCAGCAGCUUAUUAAUGCUGUUGACUAUUGUCAUAGCAGAGGAGUUUAUCACAGAGACCUUAAGCCAGAGAAUUUGCUCUUGGAUGCAAGUGGUACUCUGAAAGUGUCUGAUUUUGGAUUGAGUGCUCUUCCUCAGCAAGUCCGGGAGGAUGGUUUACUUCAUACAACAUGUGGAACACCCAAUUAUGUUGCUCCGGAGGUAAUCAACAACAAAGGUUACGAUGGAGCAAAGGCUGAUUUGUGGUCUUGUGGUGUCAUUCUCUUUGUCUUAAUGGCUGGCUAUUUACCUUUUGAAGAUUCCAACUUAACGUCCUUAUAUAAAAAGAUAUUCAAAGCCGAAUUUACCUGUCCUCCCUGGUUCUCUGCAAGUGCUAAGAAGCUAAUCAAAAGGAUUCUCGAUCCCAAUCCAGCAACGAGGAUUACAUUUGCUGAAGUCAUUGAAAAUGAAUGGUUUAAAAAAGGGUAUAAAGCACCCAAAUUCGAAAAUGCCAACGUCAGCCUUGAUGAUGUUGAUGCUAUUUUUGAUGAUCUAGGGGAGUCUAAGAACCUCGUUGUGGAGAGGCGAGCAGAAGGACCUAAAACACCAGUAACUAUGAAUGCUUUUGAGCUCAUCUCAACAUCACAGGGUCUCAAUCUCGGUUCGCUUUUCGAAAAGCAAACGGGGCUUGUUAAACGAAAAACUCAAUUUACUUCCAAAUGUCCGGCUAAUGACAUAGUCACCAAAAUUGAGGCAGCAGCAGCACCUAUGGGCUUUGAUGUCAAGAAAAAUAACUACAAGAUGAAGCUUAUAGGAGAAAAGUCAGGGCGCAAGGGCCAGUUAGCAGUCACAACUGAGGUUUUUCAAGUUGCUCCAUCGCUUUAUAUGGUUGAAAUGCGAAAAUCAGGGGGUGACACCUUGGAGUUCCACAAGUUUUACAAGAACCUUACCACGGGUCUUAAAGACAUUGUUUGGAAAACAAUCGACGAAGAGAAAGAGGAAGGAACCGAAGUUUCAGGUGGUACUAAUGGUGCCGUGGCUGCUUCUUGAUACCAGACAAUUGUGAAACAGUUUGUGUUUGAUUUUAAUAUAAGAUUUUGUUCGUUAUAAA